AUGGCCUUCUACUCUCAAUCCGGCUUCGCGCCACUCUUCCAAUUCCUCAGUGACUACGAGACUCCCCACCAAUUCAAGUCUCCACAAUGUUCCAAGUCUCGCCAGUGCUCCAAGCUCCAAGCACGCAGCUCCUUCGCACCAGCCUUUGAUGUGCGCGAGCUAACCAAUGCCUACCACCUCGAUGGCGAGCUCCCAGGCGUGGACCAAAGCAACAUCGAGAUCGAAUUCACCGAUCCACACACCCUCGUGAUCAAGGGCCACACAGACCGCAAGUACAACAAUGACACCAACAGCGAUGAUGCCAGCUCAAGCCGCAGCACGUCUCCUGCAGGCUGGCACAAGCCCACAGUUGAAGACGAGGAUGCAGAGUCUACUACUAGCUCAGCCGACACUGUCGACACCGCUGCUUCCCAUCCCAUCGAGAACGAUGAGCCUCAUUUCUGGGCCAAGGAGAGGUCUAUCGGUGACUUCCAGCGCACCUUUAGCUUCACCGCGCGUGUUGAUCAGGACUCUGUCAGCGCAAGUCUGAAGAAUGGUGUCUUGUCUGUUAUUGUGCCGAAAGAGGCUACACCAACGCCGAAGAAGAUUCGGAUCCUGUGA